GGGUCUUUGGGGUGGUGCAGAUGGGGGGGCAGGACCUGAAAUGCUGCGAUGCCUCAGGGUGGAGAGGAGAAUGGCAGUGCCGGCGUGGGGGGAGGUUAAAGGUGCUGGUGGUCCCUGAGCCCCUCCAUGUGCAUCACAUCCCUCUUCUCCUAAUUUUCACCUCCACGGGGCAGCUGGAGCUCAUCUCGUCCGGCCGGGGCUUCAGCUGCCCUGGCUUGCCCCAGUAAUGAUUUACUAGCCGGGGGGGCCACUCCCCGCCUCCACCCCGCGGACCUUGGAGCCGGGGCCUGGCUACGCUGUGGCUCCUCUCCAUCGAAAAUGUUUUCCCUGGGGUCCUGGCUCCCGGCACUGCCCGGGCUGGCGUGGGGCUGGGCACUGCUGGAUGCGCUCCUGCAAGGGCUGGUGGGUGCCUGCGCCGUCUCGGUGCUCUGCAGUCUCCUGAAGGUUUAUCUCUACAUCCAGUGUGCGAACAACCCCGAGAGGCAGGCGGAGAAGGAGGCGAUCGCGGCGCGGCGGCCGCUGCUGGAGCCGCUGCACGUGCUGGUGCUGACCGCUGUCCUGGCCCUGGUGGGCUCCCGCGUGGCCGCGCUGGUGGUGCUGGAGUUCUCCCUGCGCGCCGUCUCCACCAUCCUCUCCCUCGGCAAGGGCACUCACAGCAGCCAGCUCUACCUGCUGUGCCAGUACUCGCUGGGCUGCGGCGUGUCCUGCGGCCUCAGCUUCCUGCUGGAGGGGGCUCCGCACCGCAGCUGGAACCUGGCGCUGGCGGCGGGGCUGGCGGGGCUGCUGGCGCUGCACGCCCGGCGCCUGGCCCGGCACGUCUGCGCCCUGUACGAGCUGCACAGCCGGCAGCGCUACUGCGGCGUCUGCAUCCUGCUGCUGGCCGCGGGGCACGGCAUCCCGCGCCUGCUGCGCAACGCCCUGGCCGUCACCUUCGCCGUGGCCGACCUGGCCGCCGUGGAGCUCAUCAACCGCGACUUCCUCUCCACGGGCGAGGCCGUGCGCUUCUGGACCCCUCUGACCAUCUGCUACACGCUGCUGGUGGUCUACAUGCAGGAGGAGUCCCGGCAGAGCGCAGGCAGGGGGCCGGUGUUCCGGACCGUGGUGGUGAGGAUGGGCGGCCUCUUCAUCCUCCUCCUCACCGUGGGCCGAUGGACCGACAUCCUGCACGUCUUCGUGUCGCUGCUGGGGGAGCUCUGGUGCCUGCUCCGCUCUGGGGUCCUGCUGGAGUCCUGCUGCAGGCAGGAUUCUGCCCGGCAGCCUCGCGGGGAUCAUCCGGCGGGAUCCGGAUCCGAGGAGACGCCCCGAUGAGCGGCGGGAUGGAACCGGACAGCAGAAACUCAGGGUGGCUUUGCUGGGCACCCCAGAAUCCCCCAGCACAGAUCCCCUGUGGGGAAUAAGGAAUAAAGGGCUCCUGGAAGGCGUCCAACCCCAUCCCAUGGGAUGGAGGAGGUCGGGGGGAAGGCUCGCGUUGCCCCUGGUUUUUGGGGGACUCUGUGAGGUUGCAGCACUGCUGGGGUUUGUCCUCUGGUCCCAGUGGGAUUGCAGGUUGCUGACGGAUGUCCCGCCGUUGCUGGCAGCUGGGCCACACUGUCAGGGGCCUCCAGAGGUUAUAAAUCUCAGAAAAUAAAGGGUUUUUUCCACCAAA